AUGACACCUUUCUUAGCAUAUUCCCGGAUCGAACCUUCAGCCGCAACCGGCGGGCGGCUACCACCGGCUGACUCGAACCUGAGCACUCUUGAUUUCAAUCUUUCCACAGCUUGUUGGAAAAGGAUCAAGAAGCUCAAUCGCGGUGCAGUUCGAGCUAUCGUUAUGGCCUCAAACCAGAAUUUGGCUUUGUCAAAUGUUGGCAGGGCACUGGCCUCUGGAUACGAAGAGGAUGGUUUACAGCGCGCUCAAAGCAGACAUUCACACCCACAUGGAGCGGAAAACGAACAUGUUUCCCUACCAAAGGCUGAUGGUGGGAAAGACGCAUGGCUGUUCUUAGCGGGCUGCUUCUGCAUAGAAGCUUUGACAUGGGGAUUCCCUUUUUCUUUCGGAGUAUUCCAAGAAUACUACAGCACGCAUACGCCCUUUUCGACGGAACCAUCUGGCAUUGCUAUCAUUGGUACUUCGGCAAUGGGUAUCAUGUACCUUGGUGCACCUUUCUCCUUUGCCCUCCUUCAACGGUUUCCACUUCGCCGCCGCCACUGUGCCGUCGUUGGCCUAUUCACCAUGAUUAUUGGUCUCGUGGCCUCUUCCUUCGCAACCCGUGUCUCGCACCUUAUUCUAACCCAAGGCGUUUUGUAUGCAAUUGGGGGCUCCAUGCUGUACACACCGACAAUCAUCUUCCUAGACGAGUGGUUCAUCGCACGCAAGGGUCUUGCCUUUGGUGUCAUGUGGGCAGGCACAGGCUUCAGUGGGGUUUGCAUACCCUUCUUGAUGAACUGGGGUCUCAGCAAGUACUCUUUCAGUACCAUGCUGCGCGCAUGGUCCAUCAUCCUCUUUCUUCUCGUGGGCCUCCUCCUCUACUACGUCAAGCCCCGUCUACCAGUCUCCCCAACAUCUCAUAGUCGGCGGCUCCAUUGGGGGUUUCUUAGGGCAUCCACAUUCUGGAUCCUUCAAACCGGCAACAUCCUCGAGAGCCUUGGCUUCUUCAUCCCGAACAUCUACCUGCCUACUUACGCACGGACUUUGGGUCUAUCCUCGGUUUCUGGCACCGUAACGGUAUCUCUAUUCAAUACGACUUCGGUUUUUAGUCAGGUUAUUUUGGGAUUUCUUAGCGACAGACUACACAUCACAACCGUCAUCCUCAUCUCUACCAUCGGUGCCACCCUAUCCGUCUUCCUCCUCUGGGGUUUUUCCACCUCAUUCCCUCUCCUCUGCAUCUUCAGCCUUUUCUACGGUCUGUUUGCAGGUGGCUUCACUUCCACAUACACUGGUAGCAUUCAAGAGGUGAAGAGGGUCGACGAUCGUGCUGAAGCAGGCUUGGUCCUCGGACUGCUCUCCGCAGGGAGAGGGAUAGGGAGCGUAGUGAGCGGGCCGUUGAGCGAGGCCUUGCUGAGCGAGCGGCCGUGGGCUGGGGAUGCAAUGUUAGGAUACGGGACUGGUUACGGCGGGUUGAUUGUCUUUACAGGAGUCAGUGCUAUGCUGGGUGGGAUGAGUUGGGCCGCCAGAAGGGUUGGUUGGGUCUGA